AGCGCCCGCCCCGCGGCCCGCACUUCCGCCGCGCGGGAUCUGCGUCCGGGACGGCGCGGCCGUUGCGUGGAGACGCCGCCAUGGAGGCCGCGGCCGACAGGAAGAGGCAGCGGGAGGAGGCGUCGGACGCGUCGGGCCUGUCCGGGGAGGACGACGACGACUAUGUGCCCUACGUGCCCGUCAAGCAGCGCAAGCAGCAGAUGCUGCAGAAGCUGCUGCAGAUGCGGCGGAAGGUGGUGUCAGAAGAGGAGCAGCGGGACAGUGGGAGCGAGCAGCGGGGCGACGAGGACGAUAUCCCCCUGGGGCCCCAGUCCAACAUCAGCCUCUUGGAUCAGCACCAGCACCUCAAAGAGAAGGCGGAAGCUCGGAAGGAAUCAGCUAAGGAGAAGCAGCUGAAAGAGGAAGAGAAGAUCCUGGAGAGUGUGGCAGAGGGCCGAGCUUUGAUGUCGGUGAAGGAGAUGGCAAAGGGCAUCACGUACGAUGAUCCUAUUAAAACCAGCUGGAGAGCGCCUCGUUACAUCCUGGGCAUGUCAGAGGCACGACACGAUCGUGUGCGCAAGAAGUACCACAUCCUCGUGGAGGGAGAGGGCAUCCCCCCUCCCAUCAAGAGCUUCAAGGAGAUGAAGUUUCCAGCAGCUGUCCUGAGGGGCCUGAAGAAAAAAGGCAUCCAGCAGCCAACGCCCAUACAGAUCCAAGGCAUCCCCACGAUCCUCUCAGGAAGGGAUAUGAUUGGCAUCGCGUUCACUGGCUCUGGGAAGACCUUGGUGUUCACGCUUCCCGUUAUCAUGUUCUGCCUGGAACAGGAGAAGAGACUGCCGUUUUCCAAGCGAGAGGGCCCCUAUGGACUCAUCAUCUGUCCUUCUCGGGAGCUGGCCCGGCAGACCCAUGGCAUCAUAGAAUACUACUGCCGCCUGCUGCAGGAGGAUGGGCUGCCCCCGCUGCGCUGUGCCCUCUGCAUUGGGGGCAUGUCUGUCAAGGAGCAGAUGGAGACGAUCAAACAUGGUGUACACAUGAUGGUGGCAACCCCUGGCCGCCUCAUGGACUUGCUGCAGAAGAAGAUGGUGAGCUUGGACAUCUGCCGGUACUUGGCCUUGGAUGAGGCUGACAGGAUGAUUGAUAUGGGCUUUGAGGGGGACAUCCGUACCAUCUUCUCCUACUUCAAGGGCCAGCGGCAGACCCUUCUCUUCAGCGCCACAAUGCCCAAGAAGAUCCAGAACUUUGCCAAGAGCGCCUUGGUGAAGCCCAUCACUAUCAACGUUGGGCGAGCAGGUGCUGCCAGCCUGGACGUCGUGCAGGAAGUGGAGUAUGUGAAGGAGGAGGCCAAGAUGGUGUACCUGCUCGAGUGCCUGCAGAAGACCCCGCCACCUGUGCUGAUCUUUGCGGAGAAGAAGGCGGAUGUUGAUGCGAUCCAUGAGUACCUGCUGCUCAAGGGUGUGGAAGCUGUGGCCAUCCAUGGAGGGAAAGAUCAGGAGGAGCGGACAAAAGCCAUCGAGGCCUUCCGGGAUGGGAAGAAGGAUGUCCUGGUUGCCACUGACGUAGCUUCCAAGGGCCUGGACUUCCCAGCUAUCCAGCAUGUCAUCAACUACGACAUGCCAGAGGAGAUCGAGAACUACGUUCACCGCAUUGGGCGUACGGGCCGUUCAGGCAACACUGGCAUUGCUACCACUUUCAUCAACAAGGCCUGCGAUGAGUCGGUGCUCAUGGAUCUCAAGGCUCUGCUCCUGGAGGCGAAGCAGAAGGUGCCUCCUGUGCUCCAGGUGCUGCACUGUGGGGAUGAGACCAUGCUGGACAUCGGAGGCGAACGGGGCUGCGCCUUCUGCGGCGGCCUGGGCCAUCGCAUCACCGACUGCCCCAAGCUGGAGGCAAUGCAGACGAAGCAAGUCAGCAACAUCGGCCGCAAGGACUACCUGGCCCACAGCUCCAUGGACUUCUAGCCUGGGGACGAUGCUGCCCAGCGCUGCCUCCACCCAGGCUGAGAGAGAGGGCUGUGCUUUGGCUCCCUUUGGGCCAACUGCGCUGCCCCAGCUGCCCUCACUUCCCAAAGCCCAGACCAGCCCUGGACUGCAGCCCUGUGCUGCACUGCUGUGGCCCCUUUUCCAGGCAUUAGGCCACUAGGACUGCUGCCAGCUCAGCCUGCUGAAGCUCCCGCCCUAGGAGGAAACGUGAGGAGCUGUGCUGCAACAGCCCGUUACAUCAGCAGUGUGUUAACAUGAAGCAUUGGGCAAGCAGGUAGUGGUGCCUGGGGGGUAGCUGCUCUGCAGCCAGCUGCCUGCGGUCUCUACUCAGCUUCUCCGUGGUGGCACAGCUGGGUUCUUAUGUUGCUUCCCUCCAAAGCCCCUGGAUUCCUCUGGGACUGUUCUCCCCAGCUCAGAUUGUGCAUCCUCAGCUGGUGGCUGCCUCUUUCUGCUGUUCUCUGGCCAGGGCAGUUUCUUUUAACCCCAACUGUGCCCUGAUGCAGCCAGGGCUGGGCAGAGCAUGCUGUGCUCAUGUCAGG